GUCUCUUUCUCUCUCUCUACAGUCUGUUUCUCAUCAGAAACCAAUAUCUCAUUCUCUCUGGGAAAAAUGGCUUCUCAAAAUUCCGUGUCAACCAUCAAAUUUCAUUUUUUCUUCAUUCUUCUUCUUCUCCUCCUUUAGAAUUUAGACUGCGAAGUGACCAAAUCAUGUCAUUCGCAACCCUUCUUGGAAUCUCCAUCCCUUUCUCCUGGCUUCUUCAGAAAUAUUGAACUGUCAACGAUCACCGGUGGUCCGAGGACGGAUGCAUCUCGAUUGAACUUGGGAACUGUGAGUUGCAGAAAAAUUACUGCUCAAGUCACAAGCCCUAGAACUGAUUCCAUAGUUGCCAUGGCUUCAAAUCCUAGGUGAACAUUUGCUCCUUCGAACCCCAAGUUUCUUUUUUGUUUUUAUGCCAUUUAUUUGUGCAUCUGCAUACUGAUCAUCGCUAAUGGGUGGGCGGUGGGUGGCGAGUCUGGAGGUUAAUGCAGCAGGAAGAGGGGUUUGCAAACUAUCGAGAGCAAGAAAGGGAGAGAUCAGAUGAGGAGAUGCAAGAGACAGUAGGUUAUGUCCGACUUCAAAGCUCGGCUACCGGUGGAUCCGAUAAACCAGACCAGAUCACUACCUGUGUGAUCAAAUUAAUACUCUCCAAUUGAAACCCUAACCCAAGAAAAGAGGAGUAAGUUGAACACGAUUUCGGGAUCUAAAUCAAAGAUUCUUUUGAGGGUAAAUGUUAGGGUUACGAGGAGGAUGGAAGCAACCAGGGAUGAAGGGCUGCUGAACACGAUUCGACCACGGGACCACCGAGGCUCGAAGAUGCAGGCCUGGAGGACUGUGCUUUUUCCCCUGAAGCCAUCAAAGAAGCAUUCCUCAAGGCCGCCAGCUCCAUCAGCUUUCGGGCUUCCUCUAUCCUCACCAUGGCUGAAGAUGAAGAAGACGAUGCCAAUAGCUGUAUCCAGGAUCCUGGCCCAAGCGAUGGCAAGUUGUUGGAUGCGUUUGUAGGGAUAUCACCGGCACCGACAGCGCCGCAACUGGGACCCUUUGGCAAUGAGAAAGGCGGUGGCCUGCCACAAACCUUCGGGGAUGAUGUCGUCGUCGUCGCCGGCAUUGGUGAUUCGUUGAGUGAUGAGGAAGGUUGCCACUGUGUGGACGAGUUACAGGGUCUCAAGAUCAAGGAAGAGGUCGAUCAUAAGGAUGCCGAUCAGCAAGACAACGCCGUAAGACAGGCAGCUGGAACAAGAGAUGGAGACUGUACAUUAAGGUACUGAAGCCAGGGCCCAUUUGGGCAUACAUCACAAGUUUUCUGCUGAAGAGAUACGACAAAGGCAAAGCCAUAGUUGAAAGAGCAGUGGAGAAUUGGAAGAGGAAUACAACUAUAGAGAAGAGAGCUUAUAUCUUGGAUGAUCACAUUUGUUAUAUGAUGGAUUGCUUGUGAUUUCCUUUAGUUAGUUAUUGGACCAGAAUGAUAGUUGAUUUACAUUACAUUAUAUGUAUUCAUUAUUCACAACCGAAAUAAAAAUAGUUUUGCAUCAUUCUUAAUGUAAUUUAAUCUGUAGAUUAAUAGAUUUCGUGGGAGAUUGUACAUGAAUCACUUCUGUAUUCUUUUAA